AUGGCCAAACUAACGAAUUAUAACAUCGGCAUAGCACUUGUCGUUGCUCUUGGUGGGUUCAGCUUCGGUUUUGGUAGUUCUUCAUUCAUUACCAGUAUUGGACAACCCGGCUUCUAUCUUUUCUUUGCUUUGGACCCGACUUCGACAUACACGGCUAAUGUGCUCGUCGCUCUUAAUUGUCUCUUCUGCGCCGGAGGCUGCGUCGGCUCGGUGGGUCAGAGUGGAGUUGCCGACAAACUGGGGCAGUCACCUAGAUUCCUCACUUGGCGUGACAGGCUUGACGAAGCGUGGAAAAUAUUGAAACGACUACAUCAUGAUCCCACAACUUUGAAUGAGGAUGACGCCCGUAGUGAGUUCAAUGCCAUUGUGGCACAACUUGAAGACGAGAAGCGAGAGAAUGCUACAUUCAUCGAAAUGCUCAAAAGGCCAUCAUGGAGGCGGCGAUGCAUCCUCGUGAUCUUCCUCUUGCUCGCAAUGCAAUCCACAGGAGUCAAUGGUAUCACAAACUACCUCCCUGUCAUCUUUGCUUCUCUGGGAAUGAGCCCCGGCAUGUCUUUGAUCCUUUACGGUAAAACCUGCCGUGCACACGACCUGCGGAACAGUUUUUGUGGCUUUGUCGGUUUUGCCGCGUGUGCAAUGAUUGGCCUAGCAGAAACCCUCUUGCAGCGAAAAUAUAUAGGGACUACCAGCCGCGCCAGAAAUUCAGCCUGCGUUCUCUUUAUUUUCCUGUUCAUCGCAUUCUUCCAGUGUGUUGAUGCUCCUUCUCUUAUCUGGUCUGCAGAAGUAUUCCCUACGAUUCUUCGAGCAAAGGGCAUGAGCCUCGCCGUGUCAGCUUUCUUUGCCGGGACCCUGGCAUUUGCUGUACCGGCCGGGGUCGCGUUCAAAUCCAUUGGCUGGCAUAUGUAUCUCAUCUAUUGUGCACUAUCCACCCUAUCUCUUAUCGUUGUAUACUUGUACAUUCCCGAGACAAAGCAGAUUCCCAUUGAAGAAAUUGGAAAACUGUUCGGAGAUCACGUUGCUACGGAUCAUGGUGUUGCUCUUAGCGAUGUUAAGUUCGAGAGAAAUCACUUGGAGUUCUCUCAGCCAACAGUGACACAGUAG